AUGUAAUUUAGGCGUAAGCAAUCUGAAUAACAACUGGGUCUCUUAAUGAAUAGACUCAACCUCAUUCAACAGAAUCAACUCAAAGUCAUUAGAAGAAUCAAAUAACAAUAGAAGUCUGUUGAAAUGAAGCAAUUCAUACAGUCGGAGCAUGACCAAUUUAAUUAGAGUAGGAAUAUUAUCAACAUGCAAAAACUAUAGAAAAUACACCAGGUCCAACUUAUGGCCAAGACAAAAAAACAUUAGAGUGAAGAGGGACGCAAGAAAACCUAAGAACAAUAGAAGCAGUUCAGACAACAGGAGACUCAGAAGUUGAAAAUUAAAUAUCUAGAAUUAGAGAGGCAAGUACAGUAAUAAAAAGAAUCUGAACUCAUUAAAAAUAUUGUCAGAUACAAUAAACUGAAACAAGAAAGGGCGCAAUCACAAGUCAAAAUGAGGAUCAGACAAAAGUCAAACGAAGAACUCAGAAAUAAAGAGUACUCUCAAUUAUUAGAGGUUGAAUGUUAAAAAAGAAUAUAAACAGAAUAGUCUAUCCGUAAACUCGAAUAGAAGGAACAAUUAUUGAUCUAAGAACUUUAAACAUCUUAAUAGUUGAGUUCGACAUACUCUCGAUAAUUGGAUCCAAGAAUCAUUACCAAAAUUAGAGCAAAAUCGUACUAUCAAUCAUGA